AUGCAUUUCACAGCACUUACAUUCACAGCUCUGGUAGCUAUCUUCGCCGCACCAACCUUGGGAAACAAAAUCAACAUCAUGAACUGGUGCUCACAAGAUGUGACGGCUUGGCAAUCCCACAACGGUGACUGCGACCACGGUGAGAACGGGAUAUGUUCCGGUCGUCCCGGCUCAGCUCCUUUUGUCAUCCCCGCAAACCAGCACUCAAUCGGAAUCGACUUAAUCUCUGAUGGUGCCGGCUCUUCUAUCAAGAUGACAUUUGCCAACGGUGACAGCCAUACUCCUUUGCAAUACGAGUACACCAUCGCAGGCGGAAACAUUUACUGGGACUUAUCCGCUAUCGACAGCGAAAACGUCAAGGUCACUCCUACUGGCAAUGGAGUCGGGCAGGGAUCUUGCACCGCCAUUAAAUGUCCUGCGAACCAGUUCUGUGGAGAUGCCUACAACAAACCUGAAGAUACCAAGACUAAGGCUUGCCCUGUGGAUACUGGAGACAUGUGGGUGGAUCUGUGCAUGCCCACUCAGUCAUUCAAGCGCCAAAGUCCUCGGGAUUUUACUUUUUAA